AAGCCAGUUGGUGCCCAGUCGUGAUAAAAUAUCCGGUUGUGUUGGAUAAUAUUGAUUGCACCGGUGGAAUUUUGCACGUAUAAAAUUUUGCAAAUUUUUGGCAAGGAUGAAAUUCAAGAUUUUGCUUCUAUUUUUGGGAUUAAUUUCUCCUUUGAUCGUGUCCAGCCUUCCUUUGGACGAAGAUGUCGAUACGGAGUCGAUAGAUGCCACCACAAUUAGUGCGUCAGGCGUGGACGAGAUCUCAACCGUGACACCAACGACGAUGUCGACGUCAACAUCCGCGCCAAUAACGACGACCACGACGACGACGACUUCGCCAUCGACGACCGUCCCCACGCUCGUCGUUCCGGAUGAUGCUGCUGCUAAAACGUCCCCAAAAGUGGAUCUCGUCUGCACUACGACUCGAGGAAAACCGGGAUCUUGUACCACCGUUUCGGACUGUUUCACGCUGCUAAUCCCGGAAAACGGGACGGUACCCGUGCGAAAUCGAAUCCUUGCGGAAAUGCUGGUCGAAGCGUCGGGCUUUUGCGACAAUACGCCCCAAGCGAGAAGUGACUUCACCCCAACGCUGAUGGACCAAAUUUUGCGGUCGGAAGUGCUCCUCUGCUGUCCCGCACAGCCCGACACGAAUCCCGGAUCGUUUGACUUGGACGCCCCGGAAAAAGAGCCGGACAACGUGUACGACGAAAUGUACAAGGGAAAAGGUUGCGGGUAUAGGAAUGAUUCGGUCAAGGAAAAUCGGACCGCGUGGGCAGAAUUGAUAGACGAGGGUCCUUUAACGGAGGAAGAAAUGGAUAAAAUUGUAAAAGGGAGGAAAACAAAAGUUGGCGAAUAUCCGUACGUGGUGGCCAUGAUGAAUAGAGGGCGACAAUUUUGUGGUGGAAGUCUUAUCAAUCAAAAUACAGUGUUGACAGCGGCACAUUGCGUCCAACACAUGACUUCUGCCGAUGUGAAAAAUCUGAAAUUGCAAAUUGGUGACUGGGAUAUUUACAAGAAGAAUGAUGUCAAACAUGAAGUUCGUGGAGCUAAAGCGGUCAAAUACCAUAAAGGGUUUAGCAUGAAGCAUUUGCAACAUGACAUCGCCCUCUUAAUUUUGGACCAGCCUGUCACGUACUCGGACACGAUUCAAGCCGUCUGCCUGCACUCGGGGACGCCGAACGUGGCUGACGGAAAAAGCCGAGCGGACGUAGCGGGAUGGGGUUCCCUGAGUGAGGGGGGUUCUCAACCGUCCGACCUGCGCGCAGUCACGGUGCGCGUCAUCACGCCGGCCGAUUGUAAGGGACGCUACACCGGCACCGCGAACAAAGUUGGGGACGGAAUGAUCUGCGCGGGCGCGGACAAGGGGGAAGACUCGUGCCAAGGCGACUCUGGUGGCCCGUUAACCGUGGAUAAUAAAAGUCAGGCGAAACAAAUUGGCGUUGUGAGCUGGGGAAUUGGUUGUGGACGCUACCCGGGUGUUUACACGAGAGUUGACCGAUACUUGAGCUGGAUUAAUACCAACAUGGUGAAAGGGAUGGGUUAUCAAUAAAUAAAGAAAGCGAAGAAUAAUACAACACCUUCUUUACCAAUCUGUUUAUUAAAAAUUUUGCCAUCGAAUUAAACUGGUUAAUUUAUUAGAAAGCUAAAAAAUAAAUUGUUUCAAAUAGUUA